CGGAAUAGAUGGGUCGAGAUCGGGGGUGUUUGAGUAACCUAUCCCGGUUGUCUCGCAGGUAAGAUGCGCGUGCAUGUGCGCGUACGUGUAUAUGUCUGUAACGACGACUCUAUUGCCUUUUUCGCUACGGCCCGUCUCGAUUCCCUUCAUUUCCCCAUUAUGAACCCCAUGCCUCUUCCGGUAAUCCUGCGCGACACUCGAUAUUUCUUUGCUUGGGAUAAUGCUGACAAGCGAGCAUGUCAAACCCAAUCAAAGAGCCAAAAAAUAAAUAAAUUAAUAAAUAAAAAAGCAAGUAUACAAGCAAGAUGGAACAUGGCAAUAGGCCGGCGCAACGUCACACGGUCCUCCGCAUCUCGUAAGAGAUCACCCCUGUUCGCAGUCCAAGCAGUGGCAAUUUCGACUCAGCAAAAGAAAAAAGAAAAGAAAAAGAACGAGGCAAGAAGCAAAAGGUCAGACGCAGCCCAGAUGAACAGGGGGCGUGCAUGGGCGGUGCAGGGGUCCGCGAUAGUAUGCGAGAUGUCAUAGGAGGGGCAAAAAAGCAACCCCCAAACGACUAAGUAAAACCAAGGAAGUAGGUAGUACACGCUCACUCUCACAAGACACGGAGCUGGAAAAAAGCAAUGAGGGAAGGGGGAGCAGAGGAUAAAAAGACAUUAGAUGAAUACAAUAAGAAAAUAAAAUAGAAGAACUCCGUCAUGCGGCCUUAUC